CCUGGGUGUAGGGACGAGGAGGAGCUCCCUACAUAUAAAGCCCACCAGAAACGCUUUCCCUCUCUCGGACCAAUAUAGACCAGGGAUAAGGCGGCGGUGUCUGCAGUAAAUCGAAACCCUGCAACCUCUUAGGGGGCGGAGGUGACCACUCUGCCGGUCCUUUUCCUGCUGCUGUCCCUCUCCCCUCCUGAAUUCGCCACCUGCCAGGAUUUUAAGAAACCUCAAGGCAGUUUCACCAACAGCAGCGAAAGAACGCUCCGGUAAAGGUGUCACUUCGGAACUGUUUAAAACUGUCACAAACAAAAUGAAGGGUUUACUCUGUCCGACACAAACUCUCAGUAGCCUCCUGCUGCUGCUCCUCAGUCUGACUGGUCUACAGAAUGUGAGAGCUAAAAUGAAUAUUCCCAGACUUCGACUGUCCUACAAAGAUCUCUUGGCAGCCAAUCGAUCAGUCAUGUUCUUUGGUCACCGUAGUUUCCUGGAUUUCCGCUCGAUGUUCCUCGAUGAGUACCACGACCGUCUUUUCAUUGGAGCCAAGGAUGCCUUGUACUCACUCCAGCUGGACCAGACAAACAUUGAUGCCCAAGAGAUUUACUGGCCAGCUUUGCCUGGUCAGGAAGAGGAAUGUGCCCUCAAGGGGAAAGACCCAUUUAGUGAAUGUGCCAACUACGUGCGGGUGUUGCACCCAUACAACCGAACCCACCUGCUGGCCUGUGGGACAGGAGCCUUCCAGCCAAUCUGUGCCCUGAUCUACGUGGGACACCGAGGAGAGCAUGCUUUCAGGAUGGAGGUGAACAGCAUACAAAAUGGCCGUGGCAAAUGUCCACAUGACCCAAACCGACCUUUUGCGAGCACUUUCAUUGGUGAGGAGCUGUACUCCGGACUGACAGCCGAUUUCUUAGGGAGGGACCCUGUCAUAUUUCGCAGCCUGGGAUCUCGCUCAGCCAUGAGGACAGAACUCGACCAGCGCAUGUUACAAGACCCCAAGUUUGUGGCCGCUCACCUCAUUCCAGACAACGUGGAUCGUGACAAUGACAAGGUUUACUUUUUCUUCACGGAGAAGGCCAUGGAGUCAGAGGGCAAAGUCCGAGCAAUCUACAGCCGCAUCGGACGCAUUUGUGCAAAUGACGCAGGAGGUCAAAGGGCACUAGUAAACAAAUGGAGCACAUUUGUCAAAGCCAGGCUGAUAUGUUCUGUCCCGGGACCUGAUGGAAUAGACACGUACUUUGAUGAGCUUGAGGAUGUGUUUCUACUGAGAACGAAAGAUGAGAAGAAUCCUGAAAUUUAUGCUCUAUUUAGCACAAUAAGCAAUGUAUUCCAAGGUUAUGCUGUUUGUGUCUAUCAUAUGGCUGAUAUACGAGAGGUGUUCAACGGACCGUACGCUCACAAGGAAGGACCUGACUAUCAGUGGACUGCUUAUGAGGGCAAGGUACCUUAUCCAAGACCUGGAUCUUGUCCGAGUAAGAUCACCACCCAGCCCAGUCGACUGGACACUAGCACCAAGGAUUACCCAGACGAUGUUCUGCAUUUUGCUCGCAGCCAUCCUCUUAUGUUCCAGUCAGUGUUCCCUAUCAACCAGCACCCGGUGCUCAUCAAAACCAAUGUCCAGUACAAGAUGACGCAGAUCGUGGUGGACCGGGUAGAGGCAGAAGACAGUCAAUACGAUGUCAUGUUCAUUGGGACAGAUACUGGGCUAGUCCUGAAGACAAUUGCCCUGCGGAAGGGUAACGGCGUACAGAGUGAGGAAGUUAUUCUCGAAGAACUCCAGGUUUUUAAGAUUCCGAAUCCUAUCACGUCAAUGGAGAUAUCAGUGAAACGGCAGCAGCUGUACGUUGGCUCGAGGGUAGGCGUUGCCCAGGUGAAGCUCCAUCAGUGUGAGACUUACGGUAAUGCAUGUGCCGAGUGCUGCCUCGCCAGAGACCCCUACUGUGCCUGGGAUGGAAGCUCCUGUACCAGAUACCUGCCAGCUGCUAAAAGACGUUUCCGGAGACAGGAUAUUUGGAACGGUAACCCCAUUCACCAGUGUCUGGAUCAGAGUCUGAUCGUAGAAGAGUUUGAUAGUGCGGAGGAGAGAGUGGUAUAUGGGACUGAACACAACAGCACCUUUCUUGAAUGCAUCCCAAAGUCUCUUCAGGCCACCGUUAAAUGGUUCAUCCAGCGAGCUGUGGACGAUCUGAAAGAUGAGGUGAAAACCGAUGACAGGAUCAUCAAGACUGAGCACGGCCUGUUAUUCCGAAAGAUUUACCGAAUGGACGAAGGGACAUAUUACUGCAAAACGAUGGAGCACGGCUUCACACAGACAGUGAGCAAGAUCUCGCUGGAGGUGAUUGAGAGCGGGCAGCUGGAUGAGAUCUUCGGCCGUGACGACGAGGAGCACACCAACCGCCCAUGCGUCACACAGCCUCGGCGACUGCACAGCCAGAAGCCGUGGUUCAAGGAUAUCAUGCAGCUGAUCGGCUACUCGAACCUGCACCGCGUGGAGGAGUACUGCGAGCGGGUCUGGUGCAACGAGAAACAGCGCAAGAAGCGCAAGAUGAUGGUGAACAAGUGGAAGUACGUGGGGGAAGUGGGCCGGCGGGCAAAGAGCAAACCUCGCAACAGGACACCCAGGCACAUCCCUGCUGACACAUAAAAUCCAUUUGAACUCUGCUUGGAUGGUUAGUAAGGGACUGAGCCCAAGAGGCAAAGCAUCUGAGCAACUUUUCAAAAUAGACUUUUCUCAAUUGAGGCUGUGAACCCCAUCGCUGGUAAUUACGGGAGAGAGGAUAGCCUCAGUUCAAACAAAUGAAACCAAAGACUUCCCCAAAUCUUCAUCUCCAUUUCUAACAAAGAACUUUGUCAAAUAUUCCUGUGAUUUUUGAGUUUAUUGCGCCAUAGCAUUGAUCUUGUUGAUUUAGUAACCAGGACUGUACUGUAAUGUCAAGCUCUGCAUAUUUAUAACUGUUAUUUAAUGACUCCUUGGAAUUGCUGAAUGACCAAUGUGAGGACAAAGAGCCUGCUAUAUUUGAACAGAAGCCAUAAAAACAAAUAGAGCAAGGAAUGGCUGGAGUGGAGUGUUUCCCAAAUUGUUGAACCAUUGGUCUAUAUGUUAUUGUUUGCAUGAGCAGGGCUAGAUAGAUGACAUCUUAAGUCAGAGUUGCGUGGUUGACCCAGGGAGGUUGGUUCUACAGUCAUCUAUCACAGUGUGUGUAAAGUGUCUGAGCAAAACCUGACAGCCCAUACCACAGCAAGAUACAAUUCUUUAUAAUUGUUACAUGUUUUAAUGACCAAUGGAUGUGGUGUUUCUAGGGUACUCCAAGAGAUGCUAUCAACCCUUGAGAUCUUUAGUAGUUAAUGUUUUGAUUUUGUUAGAGCGGAAGUUGAGCAAACCAGGUUUAUUGAUUCAUGAAAAUGGCAUUGAGAACUAGGCUUAGCCCAUGAUUAUGUUUUUGUGAAGCUCUGUUCCAGGGAAUGGGGGUUUUCUAGUUGGUGAAUUCUGACUUUUGAUGGAUGAACCAUGAGGUAAAGUUGCCAUAGGCCUACCAGACCCUAGGGCCACUCUCUGACUGGGAGGGAUGACUGAUGGUGAUGUAACACCUCAGGCAAGGUUUUCAGGUGAAGGCAGAACCUUCAUGGUGACCCUGGCGAUGAACCCAAGCUGUUAAUAUCACUCUGCAUUGCAGUUAUCCAACCCACUGAGCUAACCAACUCUUGCAUGCAUUACGUAGAAGGGUAUUGGAUGGCUGUUUUCAGAUGGGUGUGUUCUAAUGGGUGUAUCCCGAUGUGUGUAGUCCAAUGGGUGUAAUCUGAUCGGUGUAAUCUGAUGUGUGUAAUCCAAUGUGUGUAGUCCAAUGGGAGAAUUCUGAUUGGUGUAGUCUGAUGGGUGUAUUAUGAUGGGUGCACUCUGAUUGGUGUGAUCCAAUAGGUGUAUUCUGAUGAGAGAAUUCUGAUUGGUGUAUUCUGGUGGGAGUAUUCCAAUGGGAAUUUUCUGAUGGGUGUAUUCUGAUGAAAGUCUGCUGAUGGGAUUAUGCUGAUGGUUGUAUCCCGAUGAGAGUAUUCGGAUGGGAAAAUUCUGAUUGGGGUAUUCUAAUGGGAGUAUUCUGAUAGGAAUUUUCUGAUGGGUGUACUCCAAUGGGUAUAUUUCAAUGCAACUUUUCCAAUGGAAGCAUUCUGAUAAGAGUAUUCGGAUGGAUGCCUGGUUGUGAUAUUUCAUUUUUAGAAACUCCUGGUUUGUCCAAACAUUACCUAAUGGCUGAUCCUGGUUACAAUUGUUCUGGUUCAUUGUUGACUUAAAGAAUAAGCCAUUUGUGAUUGAUGUUGUAAGUAGGCACAUGAGCAUUUAACAGUAACAUUUCUCAAGGGGUAUGGAAAGAAAAAUGAGUGUGCGAUUCUGCUCUGGACACAAUAAAUCUCUCUCUGGAUUGUGUAUCAGUCUCUCACCCUGGUAAUUAACAAUUAAAUUGAUAAAUUUACUGUUAACCUUUCAUUGAAGGCCUGGUUACAUGUUGCACAUGGAGUCAAUCUCCCGGCAGUCCCAGCAUCAGCGAGGGUGGUGGGAGAGCAGCUGGAAAUCAGACCCCUGCCUUUGCCUCUGAUCACCCCCCACCCUUUCCCCCAGCCUACUCUUGACCCAUAAGGCCCACAUCCAUUCCUGGGUCUCUGCUAUUUGUGGUGCCAGCAACUGUUGCCCUCCACUGGCACUAGCAGCAAUAUGUAGCUGUCUGCCUCUAAUUGACCGACAGCUCCUGGCUAUUGGGUCUUCCAUUAUUGUGGACCUCCAUCGUGGAAAAGACCUGCAGGUGACCAUUUCAGUGCCUGAAGGACAUUUGAUACCACUGGACCCUACCCACACAACUAAUGAGGUUCCCCACUGGCUCUCCAAUCAAUGGAAGAAACACCCAUCAGCCCAGGGAGUUCUUAAUAUUCUAGAAUAAAGCUCCUGAACAAGUGGUAAAAGCUGGUUCCACGCUAACGUGGACUUUUUUUCAUUGGAGAAAAGGAGGAGGAGAGGGGACCUAAUUGAGGUAUACAAGAUAAUGAGAGGCAUAGAUA